AUGAAUAUCAUUGGUUGGUGGCAUGCCGACACUCUUCAGGCAUAUGCACCAAUCUGCUUAGGGCUUGAGGAUUUUUAUUUUCGGCGUUUGUAUUGGCGUAUCCAGGACUGUUUUGACCGUCCGAUAUCGGGUCCUCCUGAUGCUUGGUUUGAUGUGGUGGAGCGUGUCUCCACCGACAAUAACAAGAAGCUAAAGCGUACCACAAAAAUCAAUAGGUGCCUCAACUUAGGAUCAUACAAUUAUCUUGGGUUUGCUGCAUCAGAUGAAUACUGUACACCCUGUGUGAUUGAGUCUUUGAAAAGAUUUUCUCUGAGCACCUGCAGUGCUCGUGUUGAUGGAGGCACUACAACGUUGCAUAAUGAAUUGGAGGAGAGGGUGGCAAACUUUGUUGGAAAGCCGUCUGCUUUAGUGUUUGGCAUGGGCUAUGUAACAAACUCAGCCAUCCUUCCCGUAUUAGUUGGAAAGGGAGGAUUGAUAAUCAGUGAUUCUCUUAACCAUAACUCUAUUGUCAAUGGUGCUAGAGGAUCAGGAGCUGUCAUUCGAGUUUUCCAGCAUAACACACACAGACCAUGGAAGAAGAUUAUUGUUGUUGUGGAGGGAAUAUACAGUAUGGAAGGGGAUUUGUGCAAACUUCCAGAGAUCGUUGCCAUAUGCAAGAAAUACAAGGCAUACAUUUAUUUAGAUGAAGCUCACAGCAUUGGAGCAAUUGGGAAUACAGGAAGAGGUGUCUGCGAGCUUUUAGGAGUGGAUACAGCUGAUGUGGAUAUCAUGAUGGGAACUUUCACAAAAUCAUUUGGAUCAUGUGGUGGAUAUAUUGCAGGAUCUAAGGAGCUUAUUCAAUAUGUGAAGUACUCUUGUCCUGCUCAUCUGUAUGCCUCGUCCAUAUCACCCCCAGCUGCUCAACAGAUUAUUUCUGCCUUAAAGGUUCUUCUUGGAGAGGAUGGUUCUAGUAGAGGGGCUCAGAAACUUGCACGAUUACGUGAGAACAGCAACUUUUUCAGGUCACAACUGCAGAAAAUGGGCUUUGAAGUUCUAGGGGAUAAUGACUCCCCUGUAAUGCCUAUAAUGCUCUACAAUCCGGCAAAAAUUCCUGCUUUUUCACGGGAAUGCCUCAAGCGGAAUGUGGCUGUUGUGACGGUCUGUUUUCCAGCUACCCCUUUACUAUUGUCCAGAGCUCGCAUCUGUAUCUCUGCUGCUCACACGAGGGAAGACUUGAUCAAUGCCUUAGAGGUCGUAUCACCCGAUAUCGCAUUACAACAUCACAACUGAUAUGUCUCAGAAUCUUUCGAGUCAAUGGUCAAUACCGCGACCUUGAAUUAUGUUCCAGUACGCUUGAUUCUCAUCUGUAGAAAUAAUACCUUACACUCCUAAAAAUCUCUUUGUCAAGUUAUUAGCAGAGUGGGUGAUCUAGUGGACAUAAAAUAUUUUCCUGCCGAGCCCAAGAAACAGCAGCUGGAGGAAGGUAUGGUCAAGUUGGAAUAGGUAGAUUUCGAUUUGGUGAAUAUGCCCAGUCUUGCAGAGGAGCUUUAGAGAGCUGUGUUGCUGUUAAGGUACCUUAGACGUCAUCUGUCAGAUUUUGUUAAUCCAGUGUAUGGAUGCAUUUGUCAUUCCUCAUACAGUCAUAUGUGAUAAUUAGCAAUAAUCUUGUAUCUAAAAACCCUCUGUGACACAAAAAAAAUGAACAUUGAUUUUAUA